GUCAUUUCAUUUUUUUCGCAUCUACUUGAAACUUUAGUCAUUGAAACUAGAGCAGCUUGCUGAGGAAAAUGGCCACUAUCCGCGCCUUCACUGCCUCUCCGGCUGGCCUGAGCCGUGUCAGCCUGCGCCGCUCGACUCGCUCUGUGGUAGUUCGCGCUGCUGCUGAGGCCGAGAAGCGGCUGGAGAGCCCCAUCGUGCUGCCAUCCGGGGGCGACCUCAAGCCCAAGGGCCUGGGAGAUGUUGUGGGCAUGAAGGGUCCCGCCGCUGAGAUCAACAACGGCCGUAUCGCCAUGGUGUCUGUGGUGACUGCUGUGCUCGGCGAGAUCACCAGCGGCAAGUCCGUGGGCGAGCAGCUGGCGGAGCAGCCCGUGCUGGCAAUCACAGUCUGCUUGCGGCCCCCGGCCACCGCCUCGACGUUGGCUGGGUCGAAAAUCCCCUUCCCGCGCUCGAAGCAGGCGGCGCCGCCAGCCCGACCGCAGAUGCGGCAGCCAAUCUGCUCUGUGCAGCUGAAGGCGCUGGCGUCGGCCAUGGACACGGCAGCAGCAGCGGCGGCGCCAGCGGCGCAAGCAUGCCAGCCAACACGGCCGCUGCCCAUGAUGCCGCUGGAUAUCCAGCCAGCGGCCUACCAGAUUGGCUGCCGCAUCCGCGGUCGGGCUGGCGGCAAGCAGGGCGGCGCUGCGUGCUUCGAGCGCGGGAAGGGGAUUUUCGACCCAGCCAACGCCGAGGCGGUGGCCGCGGGCCGCAAGCAGACUGUGAUUGCCUGCAACAAGGCACAGGGCAAGGUACACGGCAAGCCACUGGGCAGCUGUGCGGCGUGCGAGGUGGAGCAGGAGGAGACUCCGGCGGUGAAGCGCUGGGGGGCCAACGGCGUGCCACUGUGCGCCCGCCACUACAGCCGCUGGAACAACUGGAAGCGGCUCAGCAAGCACGCCAAGCUGGCGGACGCCCUGCGCAAGGCCGAGGCCAUGGACCUGGCCAGCGACAGCGACAGUGACGUGGAGAUUGUCCUGAUGGUCAUCACCUUCAUCACCUACGCCUCGCUCAUGCCCAUCAUGCUUGGAUCCAACACUGGGGAGGCCUUCGGCCCGCUCACGCCCUGGGUUGAGAAGAUCAACGGCCGCGCCGCCAUGAUGGGCCUGACUAGCCUCAUCCUGAUUGAGGCGAUCAAGGGCAGCGCUCUGCUUUAAGGAGGCGGUGCAGCGACUUGUGAGUUGGGAACGGGUUGAUGCAAAGAGGCGAGGUGUUGGCAACUCUCGUACGUGAGCGUGUAGAAGCUUGAGGCUGCAUUUCGCAAUCGGUUUGAUUUGAGUUGGGGUGGAUCUGCCCAGCUCUGCCACUCUGAGGCUGCUGGAUGCAAUUGAGGGUGGGGAGCUUGCCGGUGUGUGAGUCAGGCUUAUGAGGGGAGUGGCGUCUGGCCGCAAGCCAUUGAAUGGACACCUGGACGGUGAUGAUGGUCCACAGUGAUAAGAGAAGAGAGCGCAACAGGAUUGAUCGGGCGCAUAAGAAUGUAUCGGACGAGGGGGAGCGGAUGCAGUUUUCCUCAGGCGGAGGCUGCGGUGUGGUACGGGCUCAACCCAGUUUUCCUUGGAAGGGAAGCCACCCUCUAUCUCCUGGGUGUGCUAGAGCGUGUGUGAGUAGAUAGAUACGUGAGAGAAAGAUCGCACGUCCAGGCUCGGCGGCAUGCGCGGACUGUGAUGUGUAGUCAUCAGGCUCGC